GUUCGCUCAGUUUAUCUCGGUAGAAAGAAAUCAUUAGCGAAUACUGCGAGCAAGUAGACAUGUUAUUAAAAAAGAAAAAUAUAUGAAACGGUGGUGUGAAAAUAGUCUUGUAUAAGUAAUAAUAUCUAAAGUAAAAUGCCGAGAAUGUUAGCUAGUUGGAGAAACUGCUAGCUAGUAGUGCGCAUGUGUGUUGAACUUUUUGUCUUCAACGAUUCAUCUUGACAUACAACUCUUUGGUAAAGUUUCAGUUUGCAUAAAUAGCGGGCAGAGGACAGGGUUCAACCGAGGAGCGUUGUUUAAUUUGUAAGCUUUUUUCUGUAGCCGCGGAGCUGCCUGAGUAGUACUUUAAGUGUGUGUACAUGAGUGUGUGUGUGUGCAGGUAAUCUAGCUGUGUGUGGAAAUGAGGCUGAGCGGUGUGCUAGUGUGUGUGUUCCUGCUUUGGGUUGAAGGGUCCUGGGGUGACACACCGGCCAACUGCACCUAUGAAGAGCUGGUGGGAACAUGGGUGUUCCAGGUGUCCAAAGGAGGGCACGACAAGACCCUCAACUGCUCCACCGAAGCUAUAGGUGACAGCUCCGUGACUGUGACACUGGAGAAACUGUCUGUAGCCACAGACGAGCUGGGGAACACCGGCUUCUUUACCAUCAUCUACAACCAGGGCUUUGAAGUGGUCAUUAAUGGGUACAAAUGGUUUGCCUUCUUCAAGUAUACUCAGGAGGGCCUUAAGGUGACCAGCUACUGUGACCAGACCCUGCCAGGGUGGGUCCAUGAUGUCCUGGGAAACAACUGGGCCUGUUUUGUAGGGAAGAGAGUGAAAGCAGUACCACCCCGUACAGAUUACAAACCACUUUUCAGCAGCAGGCUGCUGCAGAAACCGUACAAACUCAACCUGGAUUUCAUUGAUUCCAUCAACUCGGUUCAGAGUUCCUGGAAGGCUGCUCCCUACCCAGAGCAUGAACAGUACACUCUACAGGAGCUGCACUACAGAGCAGGAGGGCCCGCUUCCCGUAUCCCUAUGCGUGUUCGCCCUAUGGCUGUAAGAGCUGAAGUAGCCAAGAUGGCGGCAGCUCUACCUGAGUACUGGGAUUGGAGAAACGUUGACGGCGUUGACUUUGUCAGCCCUGUGCGAAACCAAGCAUCAUGUGGUAGCUGCUACUCCUUUGCCUCCAUGGGAAUGCUGGAAUCUCGCGUUCGAAUCGUCACCAACAACAGUGAGACUCCAAUCCUCAGCCCUCAACAAGUGGUCUCCUGCUCUGAAUAUUCUCAAGGUUGUGAUGGUGGCUUCCCAUACCUGAUUGGGAAAUAUGUCCAGGAUUUCGGCGUUGUGGAUGAGUCAUGCUUUCCAUAUGUUGCAAAGAACACUCCGUGUGGCGUCCCUCAAAAUUGCGGCCGCAUGUACACAGCGGAAUACAACUACGUCGGUGGGUUUUAUGGCGGCUGCAGUGAGACGACCAUGAUGUUGGAACUGGUUAAGAGUGGGCCCAUGGCAGUGGCCUUUGAGGUCUACCCUGACUUCAUGCACUAUAAGGAGGGCAUCUACCACCACACAGGCCUGGCAGACCCCUUCAAUCCCUUCGAGCUGACCAACCACGCUGUGCUGCUGGUGGGGUACGGCCGCUGCCACAAGACCGGACAGAAGUACUGGAUUGUUAAGAACAGCUGGGGCACCAGCUGGGGCGAGAGCGGCUACUUCAGAAUCCGCCGGGGAAGUGAUGAGUGUGCUAUUGAGAGCAUCGCAGUCGCAGCCAAACCUAUCCCCAAACUGUAAACUCAGGAUGGGAGGAGUGGGUGACCUGAUGAGUUUCAAUAGUGCAACUUAGUUUUUUUUUCCUUCCGUGUAGCUUUGGUGUUUUCAGUGUGCACUUGCGCAGUUGAAAAUUUAAGCUGGAAUGGCUGUUGAUUUUAAUAUUCCAUAUGACUACAAAAUAUACUAAAGUGAAAUCCACCCAAAACCAAAAGUAGCAAGUUUUGUCAGUGGACCCAACCAAUGUAACAUGUAAUGACAGACAAGACAACAUCCAAUUACUAGUAUGGAAAUUGGAUUCCACAUUAGUUAAAAAGAUAAAUACGGACACAGAAACUUCUGUUCAGUUUCUAAAAGUACUGACACAUCCUGAACACCUUGCUGCCUUUAUUUUUUUAUUUUUAUUUUUUCAGCAGUCACUGAUUAGCUGUCUGUGGAUGAUUUAAUUCAAGCUGUAACUGCCGACACUGACUUGGAAUCAAAAUGGAUUGGUACAUACUUUGACAAAUCACGAUGGGUUGUAAAUUGUAGCUGUAGCAUUUUUUUUUUUUUUUUUUUUUGAAGGGAAUUCGCAACUGAGGAGUCAGCAUUUGUGUUUGUCUGUCAAAUGCAGGACCUUGAUUCUUUGUCUCAGGGAAGCACUUUGGAGAAUUUAAGUAUCUUCUGUCCUUGCAUCAAAAUUUAAACCGUGACUGCCAUGUUCCUCUGUGGGGUAGAUUUGUUUCCAAAUGGAGCAUUUAAUAGGGAUUAUUUAAUGAAUGUAAGGGAUGACUAGUGCCUUUAUUCUGCCUCCCAUUUACCCCUAUGUUUUUAUGUAAGCAUUUGUUCUACAUUAUAUUGUGAGAUGUUUUUUAAAUCUGAUGGAAUAAAAGCAUUUCAAGAUCA